CGAGUCGCGGAGCACAAGAACAACUCUCGCGAUAUUUGCAGCUGAGAUCCAGGGAGCAGAGCAGGGGACUUGACAUGUCAACAAAACAGAUAAAUUAUCACCACACAGGCAUGUAAGGGUGUGCUGGUGUGGAAUAGCCUGAAAGGUAACUUCACCUGGACCUCGACCUUCUCCUCCCAUCAUCUUCACCUUCAGUCUCCAUGACAACCCCUCCGCUAGUGUCGCCUUUUGGCGGGCAGCCACCGCCGCAGCAACAACAGCAGCAGGCCCAGGCAGCGCGUGAUGUCAACACUGCCUCGCUGUGUCGCAUAGGCCAGGAGACGGUCCAAGACAUUGUCCUCAGGACCAUGGAGAUCUUCCAGCUCCUCAGGAACAUGCAGCUGCCUAAUGGAGUCACUUACCACCCCAACACCCACCAGGACAGGCUGGGGAAACUCCAGGAGCAUCUACGCAUGCUCUCGGUGCUUUUCCGCAAGCUGCGCCUCGUCUACGACAAAUGCAAUGAAAACUGUGCCGGGCUGGACCCCAUACCCCCAGAGCAACUGAUACCCUUUGUGGAAGAUGACAGCUCCAAACACGAGGACCGCUCAGCCGGCCAGAGCCGCCCUGCCACCGAGGAGAGGAGAGAAAUUCUGGAGGUCAACAAGAAGCUGAAGCAGAAGAAUCAGCAGCUGAAGCAAAUCAUGGACCAACUCCGCAACCUCAUCUGGGAGAUCAACUCCAUGCUGGCUGUCAGAAGCUGAGCCACAAACACACACGCACUUACACACACAAACUCGCACACACACCCUCAAUCAUGUAAAACACACACACACACACACACACACACAGAUGCACACAUUGACUAUAAAUAACGGUCAGGAUAACUGGACGUUUGACAGGGUAGCACAGACUGGCUGAGGCUGCACUUUACAGAAGAAAUGGGGACUUUGGCAAUAUCAGCCCUUUUUGCUGAAGAAAAAGACAUGAAACAAUAGAAGGAAAACAAGAGGAGACAAAUGAAGGCUGAGGGUGACAUCAACAUGGGCGAUGGCAGAAAAUAUUCUGUCUACCUCGAUAUUCUACACUUCAAUCAACAUUAUGACUGAAUCGAUCUGAAGAGCUGAUAUACUAUGUUUUAUCUAUUUGUAGGUACUAGCUCAAUGGAGAUGCAUUGCUAUAUUAUAUUUAAUCCUCAUAUUCUGUAUAUCUGUUACGGUUCAUAAUAUUAGAAUUGUCUGAAGUCCUAAAUUAAAAAAAAAAAAAAAAAAAGUUUUUUAUCACCUCCAAGAACUUUAAUAAGAAAGACAGACACUGUGGCAAAUUCAUGAAUCUUAUUCUUACUAUAUAGAUCUGAUUUUUUUAUUUGAUGUAAACUUAUUAAUAUUUCGCUCUGAUUGGAUUUGACAUGUUAUAAUAAUGUGUUAAAGAUUCUGCUGAUCUAUAAAUUUUGCUGUGAUUUUUUUAAAAGCCAUUGCUGUGUUUUGCGUUUUUUCGAUAUCAGUGCGUUGAGUAUUUGGUAAAACAGCUAACCCGGCACUAAACACACUCCUACCUCUGAGAGUUAUUUACCUUUUUAAAGUAAAAUAUAAAAGCUGGUAUUCAAAUAAUAGCAAGGGAAGCAGCCAGCACCAACAAAUAAAGGCUGUGUAAAGAAAUGUUUAGGGAGUAGGAAUUAUCUGUAGCCUACAAUAACAGCUCAGAUAGUAAAUUUAGUGUAGUGUACAUUUCCACAGCACAAAUUCCAAUAUUGCAACAACAGACUUAUGUCAUACCCACCACAGAAAUACAACUAUAAAAGGAGGACUGCAAGUGGAAGAGUGUUGAGUUUCAUUCAUAGUAGCUUCACAUCAUCCUAGGAACGUGGUGGAAAGGGAGCCAGAGUUAGUGCGGGAGAUGGAGCGGUACCUACUAGAUAUAAUUGGGCUCACCUUCUCGCAUAGCACUGUCUCGGGAACCAAACUCCUGGGAGAAGGAGUUGCCCAGGGUGUUUGUUGCCGGGUGGCUGCGAGGCUACCCACGAGGCUGAGGAAGAGCGCCGCUCUGUUCAGGUUGGAGGCAGAUUGGUUCAGUGUCAGUAAUAAUGUGGUCGUUGUACCGGACCGCUGUGGUGAAGAGGGAGUUAAGCCGGAAGGCAAAGCUGUCUAUUUAGCAGUUGAUUUAUGUUUCAACCCUCACCUAUAGUCAUGAACUCUGGAUGGUGACCAAAAGAAUGAGAUUGAAAUGAGCUUCCUCUGUAAGGUGGCUGGGCUCACCGUUACAGAAAGGGUAGGGAGCUUAGGCAUCUGUUGGGAGCUCGGAGUAGAGGUUUGGGCGUCCGAUCAGGAUUCCUCUUAGCUGCUUUUUAUUGGAUGUAUUCUUGCAACUGGUAAGAGCCCCCCUGGUAGACCCAGAACACGCUGGAAAGACUACAUAUCUCAUCUGGCCUGGGAAUGCCUCGGGUUUCCCCAGGAGGAGCUGGAUAACGUUGCUGGGGAGAGAGAUGUCUGGACUACCUUGCUUAGCUGGAUAGGGGGCAGAAAACUGAUGGCUUGAUGGAUGGAUUUCUUUGAGCAAGAAAGAGGGGUUGCUCCUGAGAGAGUGUGACAUUCCUCUUUUAUGACACUUGCAGCCACAAAGUGGACUUUAUGAUACAGUUUAUAAUUUUAUAUACAGUGGGGCCUAUAAGACCACUUUCCCAUUCACUUGAAUGGGAAAUACCAUAGACAACUGAGUUAUCUGUACUGUAUAUGCAAAAACAAGCCAAAAUGAAUUAAUAGCUUAACUUUUAUGAUGGUGUUUAUGAAUAAGCCAUUUGCAGUGGGCUGUAAGCAAACACUGGCAUGAGUGUGUGUAUGUAUGUACUGCACAAUAUCAAAUAGUAAAUAAUUGGAUUCAGCUGUACGACACAUCCUGCUCCAGUUUUUACACGGCCUAUAUUGCCACCACAUCUCGAAUCUGUUGUAAACAAGGCUGUGGGCACAUUUCCACUGAAAACAUGGACUUUAUUUUCUCUUCCGUUUGCCAGUUUAACUUACAACUACACCCUCUGUUAACUGGCGUGUCCCUAUAGGUGGGGAAAUUACUUAUUUGUGUUCUGGCUCCAGCCCGACUGGAUUUUUGAGGCUGACUCGUAUAUUGAUAUUUGAGACAGACCUGGUAAUGUUAUAUAUUUGCCUAUUUCUUUAUUUUUUUAAAACAUAAAUGCAUGACAUGAACAAACAAUCUUGAUACAGAUUCAUUAGAUUUGUGUUUUUUUUUAUAGACAGAACUUGUCAGAGCUCUCUGGUGAACAAAUACCAAUGGUGACACUAUUUCUAAAUGACCUCAGACCUACUUUGGCAUUUCUGUGCUAUAAUUUCUUGUGGUUGACAUCUUCACAGAUAUCAAUAUAUCUGCCAAAAGCUGAUAUCAUCUGACACAGUAACAGUAUAAACAUACCGUCGUUUAGCCGUAGGUAAUUUUAGAUGAAUGAUUAAAUAAAUAAACACCUGAUAUGCAUGAGCGCAGCUUGCUUAUCCAUAACUUCACGCUGAGUGGUUUGAAAGUAAAUAAACCUGACAGUUAUCUGAGGAGUUGUAUGAGUGAUCAAAGUUAGAUUUAUUACCGCAGACCUGGUUGCGACACAUGAUCCAAAUCAUCGCUGUUUCAAAGCUGCAGUUUCCCUCCUGGCGAUGUGAGGUUGCAAAGAUUAUGGUUGGUGAGAGCAUCCACAUUCUUUUGCAUCCUUCACAAGGUCGGUCAGAAGAUUUAAUUUUUUUUGCCAAAAUUUGAUUUUUUUUUAACAAGCUCAUAGUCAUCAGUGAAAGUUUCUGCCUGAACACCAUCUCUUGGCAACUUCUAACAUGUUAGGACACCUCAGGAGCUUUCCUAAUUAGCAGAAAUAGAAGUUGUUCUUUAAGUUAGGAAGAUUGAUGAAAUGCCUGUACUCCAGAUUUACUUUUUGGCCUCUUAGGACUGAUUUCCUACUUUGAUAUACUUGAUAAAUACAGCCCUUUUUUUUUUUUUUUUUUAAAUAAGAAGCCAGCCAAGUCAAGUGGGUGGAGAUUUUGGUCUCUAUUUGUGUUUUAACUUAAAAAAAAAAAAAAAAAGGAGCUAAAAUGUGAGUACAUGUGUGCACACACACGCAGGCAUAAGGCACCACUGUUAGGUCACAGAUAUGCAUGAGAAUAUCAGUGUCUGAUAUGGGUGUGUUUAAUAAUUCAGAGCAAAGCUGGGGUCAUAUCUAAGAUGUGUUAUGAGGCCAUUGUCCUCAGGGAGACACAAAAGGACAGAUGCAGUGUUGGAGCAAUGAGGAGGCUUUCAGCAGAGAAGAAAAAAAAAAUCAAUGCUCUGAGUAGUGACUAAUAAACCCCUCCUCAGUGGUCUAAUACAGGGGUGGUUAUUAUAUCUCCGAGGGCAAUGCAGCAUUGCGGGACUAUUAUUACUGUACAAAUGGAGUGUGUUCUCAUUCAGCUGAGGCUGAGGUCAGGGCCUGAGUACUUGUCCAUGCACACACCGUCGCAAAUGAUGAAGCGAAUACAAAUGUUCAGGGUUACGCUCUGAUGUUGACAGUGUGAGCACAAAAGCAAGCACGAAAAUACAAACCAUCAGUCUCCUCUGUGUCAGCGCAGCCUCUUAUCACGCCGUCAGUGUGUUUGUUCAUGGGCAGAAAAAAUAAGAAUCCUCAGACGGUUACAGAUAAUAUCCUGUAAUGUCCUUACUAAUGUGUAUGUAAAGGGUUUAAAUCAACUUUUUGAUGUACUCAUUCUCCGUCACUGUCUUGUAGACUUUCACAGGUGAAGAGACUGAUAGUGAAGCUGUUAAGCCGAGUACAAACUAAAGCAUGUUUUCCCCUAUUUGCUUGUUCCAGACAAAUUUUUUAAAAGAUUUGAGACAAAGCCCUUAACUCAGCAUGGAAUCUGUGCUUCUGCUCAUAAUGUGUAGUUUUAAUGGUAUCGCAAUAUAGUUUCAGUAUCAGUACCAAAACAAUACUUAUAUCAACAGUUUACUCUGAGAAAUGUAAAUUAUGUUUUGCUACAAACUUCUUUUUAAUAUAACAAAGAAGCCACAGUUACCAAAUAAUGAAUGUUGUUUAAAUAUAGAGAAAAGAAAGAAAGGUCUCUAUUUGUGUUUUAACUUAAAAAUAUUCUAAAAUCGGCAAAAUUUAUUAGAUCAGAGAUCAUUUACUUACAUUGAUCAGAUCAAUUACAAGAUCGUAAUUGAGAUCAGUUCUCAGAUCAAUAGUCACAGAUCUAUUGGUCUGUUUAUGUAUUUAGUUUUUUGUAUCCCCAUUAGCUGUCCUCUAUGCACUAGUUAUCUUUUUAGGGUCCAUGUGGUGCAGCAUUUAUGUCAGCCAAUAAGAAAUUGCUCUAUAACAAUGCUAACGAUACAUCUGUGUUAAUUUAGCAACAUCUGUACAUGUCCACCAGAAAGCCCUAACAAGCUUGUUUUUCCAAGUGUAAAAUGUUACCUUUGGUACAACUCUUUAAUCAUCAUGAAUAUCUGUUGAUUAUUGAACUCUCAAAUAAUGAUAGGUAUUUGUCUCAAUAAUCCAGGAUUGGUUGUGCUCUGAAUACAGUGUAAUUAAGCAAUUAUGAAUCUGACCGGACAUUCAAUGACAGUUUUCAGUUCUUGAUGGUAUUUGAUUGUGGUUGGUAUAAAAAAAAAAAUGUAUUGAGGACCGAUACUCAGCUCCAGCUUGGAAACUCGUUCAGCAUGAUUUAUACCAGAAAACAAAAAUAACUGUUGUAUUUGAGUCAAACCAUGUAAACACAGCCUGUUAAAAAAAUAACACAAAGAGAUGCAUUUAUCAUCAAAUAUGAGUUUAUUUUUUUUUUAUAAAUCAUUCUUACAAAAUUGGCAUUUAUCUAUUUCAUUUGUGACCUCUAUAAAAGUCUUCUGUUAAUUACAAGGUAGGAGGGAGGAGAAGGCAUCAGGACAGCUGGGCUUGACCGAGUCCUUACAGAUCAACAGAUAUUACUGCUACCGAUUGGUAGCGUGAUACAGCCAAUCGCUGAUAAAUAAUCCCAAACAGGAAGUGGUCAUGCGUGGUCGCCUUGGCAACAGUGUCCAAACACAAAGAUGAAAACGGGGUGUUUGUAGUAAGAGAAUGGAAUGCUGUGUCUCAUCCAGUGUAUGAAGGCAGGGCUGUUCGGGGGGGUGGGUGGGUGGGGGGUGCUAUUGUUGCCCGUCUACUGGAAAUAGUGUGGGACAGACCGUGCUUGGCAUGUCAAGAACUCAAAUGUUGAUAAAAGGCACAAAUCAAGAACAGACUAGUUUCCAGAACACAUGCCGCCGUCGCUAUAAACACCAACUGCCUGGCACAUUUUGGGUAAACCUUCUUCCAUCUGUGUUGAAGCGCACAAUGAUAACUUGCAUAAUGUUCCUCCAGAUCAAAUGACAGGCGUUUUUUUUUUUUUUUUAAGUGGAUGCAGAGGUUUUCCUUGUGGCCUAACUCGCAUCCAUCACACUCUGAUGACACACUGUACGGCACGCCAACUGAAAGAUGGGACAGAGUCUGCUGCCAAGUUUAUCUGACCUGAAACGCAGGCUGUGAAAGAGGCAAUUUAAACAACUGUGUCAGAGCCCCAGACCCAUUAUUGUAAUGCAUUGGGGGAAGAUGUUAGAGCAGGAUCUGAAAAUGUUUCCAUCUGGUACAGGGGACCCAGCUGCUUAUUAUUUUCCAUGUUUCAGUUGGCGUAGUCUUUAUUGGGACUUUGCAAUUUGACUCCCAUGGAGAGCCAAGAUGGUGCGGCCCAAUCCAAUUCUAUAUCACUGGUGUAUGCAAUCUUUUCAGGAGUUGAAGCUCUGCUACGACGACUCUGAAAAUGUUCCCCCUUUCUCUCUCUCUCUCGGGCAACUUCUGUACGAGAAAGUGAUCGAGUGUGAUAGAUGUUUCCCUGGAAAACCAAUGCAAAGUGAAACAUAAUAUGAGCUUUAUAUCGGCAUCUGUGGAUUAAUGUGCACAGUGUGUCGAAAAUAAAAUGAAUAAAUACCAUUAACUCCCCUCAGCGAUGCAGAAUCAGUCUCAUGUAUUCGCCACGUCAUCUCAAAUCGUACACAGUCUUUUUUUUUUUUUCCCAAAAAAAUAAAUAUAUGUCUAUGUACAAUGCUGACAGUUGCAGGGAUUUGAAAUGGGUGGUGUUUUUUUUUCUUUUUUCUUUUUUUUUUUUUGCAAAGCUGGGGGACGUGGUUCUCAUGAGAUAAUCAACAACAGUGAUUCAAAAAAAAUCUAACAUAAAAGACUUGAUAUGGAUUCAAACAAUAUGGUUCUGUGAAGAUGAAAUAGGGACCAGAUGCAGACCAAGUGAGGAGUAUGUUUUUCCCAUAAUCACAUACUGUAGAUGAUCGAACACUUUGUUGUGACUCACAUUAAAUGGAUCAUAAAUCUCUCCUGGCAAAAGUAAAAAAAAUAAAAAAAUAAAAAAAAAA